AUGUGUAUUAUCAUUUUACUUACAGACAAUAUUGCAUUUAACAAAUCGGCAUGGCAGCAAUAUCCAUUUGACGACCGACAAUUUGGAGCGGAACUUGCUGUAGACGGUCGAAAAUCAGAUUUGUCUGCUUAUGGGGGCCAGUGUACGAUAUCAGCGAACAGUAAACCAACCGCAGAAUGGCGUGUAGACCUGGGAGCUGUUCUUAGAAUUCACCAUAUUUCAAUUCUGUACAGAACUGACAAUUCAAAGUGGGACGCAAACAACUUUUUCACAACAAGAUUCCUGGGCUUUUCAGUGUAUAUUUCAAACACAACAAGAAAGGAAGAUGGACUUCUUUGUUUUAGGGACACAAACUAUACUAGAAGAACAAUCCCUAAUCCUCAAAGCAUUUUAUGUAGAGCUUACGGAAGAUAUGUAAUAUAUUAUAACAACAGAACCCAUCCACCGUUUCCAAAUGGAUAUUCUAAAGACGGUGCAAACAACGAACUUUGUGAAGUAGAAGUUUUUGGAUGUCAAAACCCAGGUAAUUACGGAUUAAACUGCUCAUCCAAGUGCCCUUUGAACUGCCAGGGAGGUUACUGCGACAUUGUGGAAGGAACAUGCAUAAGUUGCACAAAAGGAUAUGAAGGGGCGCGUUGCACUGAACAUUGUUCAGAUAAUACAUAUGGUAUGGAAUGCAAACAGAUAUGUGGAAACUGUAUCAAUGGGGAACAAUGCCACCCUGUGAACGGAAGUUGCUUGAACGGUUGUGACAGGGGGACCUAUGGUGUUAAAUGUAACCUAGCAUGCCCUUAUGGUCACUUUGGAUAUGACUGCAAAGAAAAAUGUAACAUUAACUGCGGGGUUCCGGAAAAAUGCGACAGAGAAACUGGGGAGUGUAGUGGUGGUUGUCAGGCCGGAUGGAAGGGACCACGAUGCGAUCAAAGAUGCACUGAUGGUAAAUUUGGACUAAAUUGUUCACAACCCUGUGGAUUCUGCACUGAGAAGAAACAAUGUCAUUUCAUUAACGGUAUCUGCGUGGAGGGAUGUGAUAGUGGAUAUAUUGGAAGUUUAUGUGUUCAAAACUGCGUUAACAACACGUAUGGACCAAACUGUUCGUAUAAUUGUGGAAACUGUCUCUACAUAUAUGGAGAGCAAUGUCAUCACGUGACUGGGCGCUGUCCAAGGGGAUGUUCUUCUGGAUACACGGGGGACAGAUGCCAAAAACAUGUGUCAAAUGCAUCACUAACAGUCUCGGAAGAACCAAUCAUCCAUACAAACAUUCUUCUUUAUACGUUUGUUUCACUGUUUUGUGUCAGCAUUUUGACUAACAUUAUUUUAACAAUAAGAAACAGACGGCUUCAAAUGAAAUAUAAACCGAAUAAGCAGUACAACGAGAUCAGUGCACGUAACACCGUUGUUGUACACAAUAACACAGCGUAUGAAACUGUAGAGAAUCGAGCUGAGUAUCUAGAGUGUGGAGAGUUUAAUCAAGCUUCACUCUAUGAGUGUGUCAAUUCCCUGGACUAGGGCAUUAUAACUUCUUUCUCACGUGUACGGCGAUGGAAAACACUAUGUUUGGGUGAUAAUAUAUACAAAUUGAUGAAAGUUAAGGGGAAGGGAACUAAAAAAAAAUUGUACAAUAAAUCAAUUAACUAUAAUCAUAAAUAUUUGUAAAUCGUAUUUAUUUUCAUUACAAUCCCAGAACAAUGAAUAAAUCAAGAAAAUCGAUCGCUUAGUUCCAGUUCCCCACCACAAAGGGAGAUGCCAUUGAACUUUGGUCCGUGACACCACACCAUCUAUAUGGGUUUAUUUUAUCAACAAAGUAUCAUGUGUCAGUAUUAGAAAAUCAUGAUAUUCGUUCGAAAUGAAACGUUUUGAAAAUUUUGAAUGAUCGUUUUGAGACAAGAAUAGUCAUCUAAACAAUUCACCGUCAAAAUCCGAUUCGGCUUUUUUA